UGAUAUAAUCAGUUAAUUUUUACCAAAGAAUUUAUGUUUUUUUUUUGUGUAGGAAUUAAAGAAAUCGAAUUGCCGCCCGUGGAACCUUUCAGAAUGGACUCGCUGAGUUUAGCCAUUACCGGCGGAUCCAACGGAUACAAAAUAACCCUGAGGGACAUCGACUUGUAUGGGGCCAGUAACUUUUCCAUCCAAAAAAUUUUGUUGCGCCCGAAUUUGCCGUUCGAGGGUAAAGUGAGAAUUCCAAAAAUGACAAUGGACGCCAAGUACGCCAGCACGGGUGUUUUAUUGGUGUUGCCAGCCAACGGAAACGGAACUUUCCACGCAGAUUUAGGCGAUGUGAUUUGUACGGCCAAAGGAGUGGUUUCCAGUUACCAAAAGGAUUCGCAGGAAUACUACAACUUGGACGUUUUGGAAGUAGACUUGGUUAUCAAAAAAGCUUACAUGCUCGUUAGCAAAGUUAACAACAACAGGAUAAUUGUGGAAGCAACAAACUUGUUCUUGCGUGAAAACGGUCAAGAAGUCUUGCAAGUGAUGAUGCCUCAACUCAGAACUAAAUUGGCAACGAUUUUCAAAAGGAUAGUCAACCAACUGUUGACACACGUACCGGCCGAGACUUUCUUCAGCAACUAAACGAUUAACCUGAUGCAAAUAUUAUAAUAUGAAGAAAAAAAAUUAAGAUAUGCACAAAUCUAUUUUUUUUUUCAUUCGAGUACACCACUUAUCACGUUCUCGUAGUUUAAGACUUGUAUUUCAUUUAAGAUUACUGAUUAUAAUAUAUACUAAUAUUUGUAUAUUAUUAUUGUUUAAAUGAUAUUAUUUUUUACUAUUAUAUUUUUUUUACUGUUAAUUUUAAUAUAUUAUGUAUAAAAUCAA